AUGAGAAUUAUGACAUCGACGGAGGUAAACGGAAGCGGCGGAAUACCUGCGGCAACACGCGGCGGAAACGUGUCCGUAACGACGAUCAACUGUGACGAUGGCGGUAUGAGCGGAUUACCGCUGGACGUUAGCGGUGUAGUGGCGGCGAUCAAACACAACAACAAUAAUAACAGCAUCAACAACAAUAACAACACGGCGAGUAGCAAUAGCAGCCACAAUGUGAACAAUAACACCAGCACUAGUACUACUGCGGGUACUACGACUGCUACGAGUGCCGGAGGGAGUCCGGUAGCGAUGACGACCGGUGGCAUCUUUGGAAACGUGAGCGGUGGAAUACGCAUCACCGUGCCGAAGAUGGAAGAGUCCGAUGAGUCGGAUACGGAGUUGUCCAACAUUGAGAAGACGGCGGCACUGACGAACGGUGUAAAUAUGCGCGAGGAACGUAGCGCCAGUAAGAGCCUUCCGCGACCAAUGUCCUGGGAGGGCGAACUCUCCGAACCGGAGGAACCGAUGCUGGUGGACAACGAAAAUUCGAGCUCGAGCUCGAACGGCGGUGGUGGUAGCAAGCUGGUGAUCGCACCGAUCGAUCCCUCCCCGAUCGCCAUGGUAGUGCCCAAGCGGGAGGAAGAACUUGACGUCGAACCACCGACGUCCGGGCCGGGUAUUACGGAACCGUUGGCACUUACCGCUUCCAGCAGCAGCAGCAGUAGCAGCAGUAACAGCAUCGUCGGUAGUUACAACCUUUCAUCCCACGGGAACAGUCAGGGCGGGGGGACGAUUCGAAAUCCGCACAGCAGCAGCAAUACCGGCAGUAGCAGCUCCAGCAACUCGCCGCUACCGAACCGGCUCAUGAUCAAACCGGAAGCGGGGCUUCCACUGAUCAACCCGGGACUAGCGUACAACGUGUCCGGUCUCGGUAACUCCACCAACAUUCCAACGUCUUCGGCGGCCGGAUCGUCCACGAUGAAGAAGGGACUGCCGGAUGUGAUAAAUCUAAAGUACGAGCUGCCGCCGGGCGGUGUGGGUGAUCCGGGCGGAGGGAGUGCACUGCCACCGAAUGCAAUCCACUCGCCGCUGCUGGUCCGCUCGAAAACGACGCUGCUGCCGGCGAAUCCCAGCCCCGACUCAGCCAUCCACUCGGUGUACACGCACAGUUCGCCGAGCCAGUCGCCACUAACAUCCCGCCAUGCACCGUACACGCCAUCGCUUAGCCGAAACAAUAGUGACGCGUCACACAGCAGCUGCUACUCGUACAGCUCCGAGUUUAGUCCGACCCAUUCGCCCAUCCAGGGCCGCCACAAUAUUUUCGCCGGCAGCGGUGGAGGAGGCAGCGGAGGCAGUGGGGGAGGUAGCGCAUCGUUCAAUGGGUCACCGUUGCAUCACUCAGUAUUAUACAAACCGAUGCUGGACAGCGAGCAGCAGCAGCAGCAGGCCCUCAAACAGCUGGCAGCAGCAGCGGCGGCAGCAGCCCAGGAAGAACCCCUCUACGAUGGGGACCAUUUGCCUUCGCCCGGUAUAUCUCGACAACAGCUUAUCAACAGUCCGUGUCCCAUUUGUGGUGAUAAGAUAUCCGGCUUCCAUUAUGGCAUUUUCUCGUGCGAGUCGUGCAAGGGCUUCUUCAAGCGUACGGUUCAGAACCGUAAGAACUACGUGUGCCUUAGGGGGGCGGCCUGUCCGGUGACGAUAGCGACACGCAAAAAGUGUCCCGCCUGCCGGUUCGAGAAGUGCCUUCAGAAGGGGAUGAAGCUGGAAGCUAUUCGGGAGGAUCGAACACGUGGAGGACGCUCGACGUAUCAGUGCUCGUACACCUUGCCAGGGCCGUUGGUGAACGCAGGCGGUGGAAUGCAGGCGGGCGACUCGCCAGGAGCGGGAUCAUUCCAGUAUGGUGGAACGGUGCGGUCACCGUACGCGGGAGGUGGCCCCGGUGUUGGUGGAGGUCAACAGAUGAAGAUGGAACCACCGGACGGUGGCAUGAUGAUGGUCGGGUCGGGAUCCAUUGGUGGAGGCAGCGGUGCAAUGAACGGAAUAGGGAAUGGACCCGGUUUAGACGGUGGUAGCGGCUCCAGUGGAGCUAACCACAUGCAGCCAGGUAUUCCAGUUCUAUUACAGGAAAUCAUGGACGUUGAGCCUCUAUGGCAGUACAAUGCUCAGGAACUGGCCCGACUCAAUCAACCCGCAACGAACGUGAGCAGCACGACGAUCGCUAACAACCCGAUCCUGUCCAGUGCGGGUAUCUCGUCCGACAGCAGUCCCGAUCUGAUCGCUAACCUCUGUAACAUUGCCGACCACCGACUGUACAAGAUCGUGAAGUGGUGCAAAAGUUUGCCACUGUUUAAGCACAUUUCCAUCGACGAUCAGAUCUGUCUGCUGAUCAACUCCUGGUGUGAGCUGCUGCUGUUUUCGUGCUGCUACCGUUCGAUCUCGACACCGGGUGAGAUUAAAAUUUCACUCGGCAAGUCGAUCACGUUGGAUCAGGUGAAGAAUAGUGGUUUGCAGACGUGUAUUGAGCGGAUGUUAAAUCUAACCGAUCAUUUACGACGAUUGCGUGUCGAUCGGUACGAGUACGUUGCGAUGAAGGUGAUCGUAUUGCUCUCUUCGGACACGUCCGAACUGAAGGAAUCGGAAAAGGUGCGGACAAGCCAGGAGAAGGCAUUGCAGGCCCUGCAAGCCUACACCCUGGCCCACUAUCCCAAGUCGCCGGCCAAGUUUGGGGAGCUGCUGUUGCGCAUUCCCGAGCUACAGCGCACAUGUCAGGUCGGUAAGGAAAUGCUCACAAUCAAACCGAAAGAUGGCGAAGAGCCUUCGUUCAACCUGCUAAUGGAACUGCUCCGUGGUGAGCACUGA